AUGCGGGUACUUUGCGUGGCCGAAAAGAACUCUAUCGCCAAAGAGGUGGCCCACGUGCUCUCGGGAGGCCGCGUUCGGCCCCGAAACAGUCUCUACAAGUAUGUGAAGAACUACGAUUUCACGUACACUUUUCCAGGCCUAGGGUCCUGUGAAGUGACCAUGACAGCCGUGGCGGGCCACGUGUUGACGACAGAUUUCGGGCCUGAGUUCAGCUGGGGCAAGUGUCCGCCUGGGAGGCUUUUUGACGCGCCGUUUUUGACCAAACCACCGCCUGACAGUGACCAGAGAUCAGGGAUCCAUAAGAACAUCGUUAAGGAAGCCAGAGGCGCAGAUAGACUUAUGAUAUGGACAGAUUGUGAUCGAGAGGGGGAGUACAUUGGCUGGGAGAUUUUGAGCGUGGCUCAGGGCGCCAAUCGGCGGAUUAGCUUGGAAACUACAUGGAGAGCCCAGUUUUCACAUUUGGAGCCUUCACAUGUGGUUGAGGCAGCGAGGAAUCCUAAGUCGUUGGAUAUGAGGCUCGUGGAGGCCGUGGAGUGCCGUACAGAGUUUGAUUUACGCGUCGGGACGCUGUUUACGCGUUUUCUUACGAAUAUUUAUAAGAGCAAGAGACUUGUGGGUGAGAAAGAGGUGGUUUCGUAUGGAACGUGCCAGUUUCCCACAUUGAGCUUUGUGGUGGACCGGUACAUUCGUGUGAGGAAGUUCAGGCCCGAGCCGUUUUGGAGUAUAGAGCUUGUGGUUACGAAGGAUGGCCAGAAAGUGAACUUUGCAUGGUCUCGGAACCAUUUGUUCGAUAAGAUGUUUGUUUAUGUGAUUUACGCUCAAUUGCUUAAUGGGCCUGAAAAACCACGGAUUGUUGGCGUCAACACGAAACCUACAUCCCAUUUCAAACCACUACCGUUGACUACAGUGGACCUCCAGAAAUGCUGUUCUCGGUACUUCCGCAUGCUGGCCAAAGCGGCGCUUGACGCUGCAGAGCUGCUUUAUACUGCUGGAUUUAUCUCCUACCCACGUACGGAAACUGACCGGUUCCCAGCAGAACUUGACCUUCAGAAUUAUAUCUCGAAACAGACCCAGAACCCUGAAUGGGGACCUCACGCUUCGCUGCUUCUUCAGGGCGGCUUCAAAGCGCCAAGGGGAGGUAAACACGACGAUAAAGCACAUCCUCCAAUUUACCCUGUCAAAUUUACAUCACUUGACGCUUUAAGGCCUGACCAGAAGAAGGUAUAUGAGUUUGUUGUAAGAAGAUUCUUGGCGUGUUGUUCAGACGACGCUCGUGGUUUCCAAACGAAAGUCGACCUUCAAUGGCGUCUAGAAAGGUUCACAGCGCUGGGAUUGCAAGUCACUGAACGUAACUUCUUGGACGUUUACCCAUAUACUGACUGGAAAUCGCUGGUUCAACUUCCACAGUUCACCGAAGGCCAGGAAGUCGAACCUUCAAGCUGUAAAGUCAAAGAAGGUAAAACCAGUCCUCCAAAUUACAUGACAGAAGCAGAACUCAUUGCUCUCAUGGAUGCUAAUGGUAUAGGGACUGAUGCUACCAUUGCCGACCAUGUGGAGAAGAUUAUCCAGAGAAACUAUAUCACGCGAAGGAAGAUUGGUAAAACAGAGACAUUCAUUCCUACUUCGCUUGGAAUUUCGUUGAUUGAAGCCUUUGACGCUAUUUUGAUCGAUAGGAUAUCGUUGCUGAAACCGUUUUUGAGAAGAGCCAUGGAAGGGUUCCUCCAGAAGAUUUCACGAGGGGAGGUUUCCAAACAGGGAGUUAUUUCCCAGCUUUUGCCGCUUUAUAAGGAAGCUUUCAUGGAGAGUAACCAGAAGGGAAACGUUAUUACUGAUACGUUUAUCAGGACGAACCGAGGGUUGUCUUAA